AUGGCGGAAGGUUACGAUAAAAGCUUGGGAUCGGACGAGGAAAAGAUACAAACAGAUGACAAUAGCACGCAAAUGACAGACUUGGCUGGAGUCAGUUGUGAACCAUGUAAACAGGAAGGAAGUAUUGUUGAGAUUGAGGGAUAUUGUGUCGAAUGCAAGGAAUAUCUUUGCUCAGAAUGUUUCAGGACGCAUAGAAAACCGAGACCAUCACGAAACCAUACACUUCAAAAUGUUUCCGACAUGAGAAAAGAAUGUGGUAUCCGAGAACAAACAUCAACUGGUUCACAAGUUAAAUGUAGUAUCCACGAUGAGAAGAUUUCUAUGUUUUGUGAAAAUCAUGACCAAAUGUGCUGCGUGGAUUGUGUCAGCACUGCACAUUUCAGUUGCCAAGAUGUCAAGGACAUAUCCAGUGAAGCAAAAAACAUUUUAGAGAGCAAAGAAUUCAUGCAGUAUGAAGAAAAACUGAAAUAUUUGCAAGAUCAGUACAAUAACAUAAAGAAGAAGACAGAAAUAUCGAUUGAAGAAAUUUCGGAAUGCUGUGAAUACACGCAAAUGAAAGUAAACAGAGCAAUUAAAUCAAUGGCGGAUAGGGAGAUAAACAGUGUCAAACAAAAUGUAACUGCAUGUAAAGAUGCAAUGGAUAGUUUAUCGCGGACAUUGAUAUCUGUAGACAGCAUGAAACAAAAAGAGGAAAACGAAAUGCUUUUUAUCAAAAUGAAGAUGUCAGGGGUUCAACUAAAGGCUGCUGAAGAUGCCGCUAUAACCAUUGGACGCUCUUCCGUCACAAAAUUUGGAUUUGUUGAGGCUCAGUCAAGCAUCCUCUGUGGCAGUUUUAAAGAAAUGCCAGAAAAGAUAGGAAGUUUUAAACCUUUACAUGUUUUAACGGGAACAGCAAAUUAUCGAGGCCUGCUUAUUUUGAACGAGAACGUUCUUAUUGCAUCGGAAAUGAACUCGAAGAAAGUAGUGAUUAUAAACACAGAGACUACAAAAACAGUGGAAAAACAAUUUAGUGAUUUUCCAUACGGUAUGGCAAAAACAAAGUGCAAUAAAGUUUAUGUUGCCAUCGCAGACGGAAAAAAACUUACACUACUGCGUUCCCCACUGACGGAUAUCUCGGACACAGAAGACAUUCCAAUUGGAAUGAAUUGCUGCAACGUUUCAGUAACCGAGUCAUCGUUGGUGAUACAGUGUUAUCCGCCUGCAACGACUAUUAUAACAGACAUGAAUGGCAAAAACUUAAGGGUCCUAUGUGAUUCCUUUCCAGGGUCAUUGAAAACACCGUUUACAUUUAAAAUUAACUCGACUACGUAUAAUGCAGUAAUGCAAAACACUUCAGAGGCGUUGUUUGUCUCUGAUGUAAGCAAUAAUGUUGUUUUCGAAGUAAAGAUGGACGGCAAUGUAACAUUAAUAGAUGUUAACAUAAAACGACCAAGGGGAAUGGUUUUUGGCUCAGAUGGAGCCCUUUUCGUCUGCAGCGAAGAGUCACAAAACGUUGUUAAAGUAAAAAAUGGCGUUAUUCUAGAUGCUGUGAAAGGCAUUGACUUUAGUCCGUUUAUUGUGGCUUUGAAUGACGAGAAUGACAAAAUGUAUGUGGCAGGAAAUGGCAAUGAAAUUUACAUAUAUCAGAUCAAGUGA